AAUCCAGCCUAGGGUCGCCGUGUCGCGAUCGCCGAAGACCCGUCGGGACAUGGCCCCGGUGAGCCCGGGUUCUGCCCGCGGGGCUCGGGCACAACGGGAUCGUUACAGCGGCGCCGUGUUCGGUUUGUGUGGAGCCCGGGGUUACAUAAGCGAGCGCGGAGCGCCGCGGCGGGAUCACAGCAUGCAGAUUAUAGAGACCACGGCGAGCCCGCAGCUUGCCCUGUGCGUGCCUGAGACAGUCACCCGGCUACUGCGGUGAGAGAGGGGUUAACAGAACAAGGUGCCGUUUUAGAAGAAUAGCCUCUGACCAAGAACAAAAAUUGUUGUCGGAAUAAUAUGCGAACAGAUCAUGAAGAACUCUGUGGCACCAGUUAUGGAUCUUUUUGUCUAAAUGGAGGGAUUUGUUAUAUGAUUCCUACUGUAUCCAGUCCAUUCUGCAGGUGUAUUGAGAAUUACACAGGAGCCCGCUGUGAGGAAGUUUUGCUGCCCAGCAUCAAGUCCCAAGCUAAAGGUGACCUGUUCGCAGCUUUCUUGGCUUCACUGCUUCUUCUAGGAGUUCUUGUAAUUGGAGCAUUCUACUUCCUUUGCAGGAAAGGUUCCAUUCCAAGGACAAGUUCCUCAGAGUGUGGUGCCAACCUGGUUGAAACUACCAGCAGCAAUGGCUGCAUCAAAAUAAUAACAGAAUAAAGCUUUAGAGUGGAAGAAUGCUGGGAAAACAACACGUGCAGCAACCCUAAGAAAGCAACAGUUGUAGAGGAUGAUGUCGCAAGCAAGAUGAGAGAAGACAGUAGACUGAAAUAGGAAGCUUACUUACAUGUUGGAGAAGACAAACUAGAGAAACAGUUGCACUUACCAGAGUUUCUAUCUAUUAUUGAAGGUGUAUAAAAUUAUACAGAAAUCACUAAUUUA